AUGGCCGAGUGGAAAACAUGGAUCACCGCUACCUUUAUCUGGAUGUACAUUGAUACCCAAGACGCCUGGGCUGUAUUUAUAAUCGUUUUGCACUUCUCCAAAUACGGCAACAUGAAACUGGGAAAACCAAAUGAAAAACCUGAAUUCAACGACGCGACCUACUUCACCAUGCUGUUUGCCGCUGGAAACGAUGCAGCAAAUCUCAAAAAUGAAGUGUCUGAGGUACGAGAUGUGAUUGGCUCCAAGCGCGUCCCUGCUGCAGUGAUGGUAAACCCUAAGGUUCAGGAAGCCGCGGUUGAAAAAGGAAUCGAAGUGGCUGGAAAACUUGUGGACAAACAACUGCAGACAAUUGAUGAUGCCCAGCGAAAGGCUGCGGAUUUUCUAAAGAAGGAGAACAUGAUCGAUGGUGCAGCGUUUAUGGGAGUUGGUUUUGACGGGAGAGGAAAAUACAGCCCAGAAUCCAGAAAAAUCAGCAUCGUUCAAAGAAACUGCGCAAACAAAGCCACGUACGAUGGCCUGGAUGUUCCGGAUACCAUGAACGUUCACGGUAUCUAUGACACGUCCGCCUCGUUAAUGACGUUUGAAAGUCGCGAGGAAUAUCGGAAGCACAUUCAACAACAGGCAGGCGUAUCUGGCUCGUACUACGGUUUCUCUGCAGGAGUGAAAGAAGCCUGGGGAGAGUCCACAGCAACCGCUCGCCAGAAGUACUUGGCAAUGAUGGACGUUGAUGUUGACAGAUAUGAAAUAUUUCUGGAUGAGGUUAAGCCACAAGAUCUUAGCAUGUCAUUUCUACGAGAAUUCAUGAACUUACCAACUUCCUACUUCUCGGCAGGAGGACCUCUUAAAUAUCAAAACUUUAUUCAACGCUGGGGAACACAUUUUGUCAAAUCUGCAAAGUUUGGCGGCCAGUUGGAGAUACGCAAAACGAUGGAUGCUGAAGAGGCUAAAAGCAGAAAGGAAUUUGAAAUUCAAAUGGAAAUGGAGUUUAAGAAUUUGUUUGCAAGUGUUGGCGCCGGUGCUUCUUUCGAGACAGGUGAGAGCAGCAGGAAACAGACAAAGACCACAUCAACCUCAGUGGUGGCCCAAGGAGGCAGCCAGCAUAUUGCGUCCAUUUUAUCGGACGUGUACUCGCCAACUUUUAAAACAGAAUUCAAAGAAUGGCUCAAGACAAUUCCAGACUAUCCGAAGGCCUUCCGUUUCCAAAUAGGAUCUAUCACCGACCUCCUCGAUUUCAGGGCUAAUGAUUUAUUCCAAGAUGAUUCGGUAGAUUGGGGUUGUGAAGGAAAUGCUGCGCACUUACAGACGGAAGAGAAAGGAGGCGAAACCAUAAAAUAUUACGAAGUAGAAGAUGAUCAUGGAACGAGGCGAUAUUAUUGUGAGUUUGACAGUCGCCAAGCAGUGGAAAAUGCUGUACAAAGACGAAGGUUGAGCUUGAAAAGGGCAAUUGAGAUAUACAUGGAAGAGGGUGCAAUGUCUAUCUCCGACAUCGAGUUGAAUGCCUGUACACCACAUAGCGACCAAACAUUCAAGGAUAAUCACCAGAGUCCUUUUUUAACUACCCGUGAGCCUCUAAGUUGGGCGGAUAUUAUUAAAGACAGCACAGUUUUGAAGGUUUCCUUUGACAUGGUAGAUGAUCUACCCAAUGCUCAACGUUCAACUUUCAACAUUGGUCAUAAUAUGACCCGCCUUGUAAAAUUCUAUGAAAAGAAAUGGUAUACAAGUGAUAACGAUGGUUCCUUUCAUCUGUACGGUGCAUACGGUAACAGGAACACCAACAAUGUUUCUCUGAGAAAAAUUUCUAUUUUUGGUCUUGUGCUAACGUUUAAUGAAGUCGAUAACAGCCUUGUUCUGGACCCCAGCGAUUUUAAGGUAUCGAAAAGGUUCUUUCCCACUUUAGCGGAAGACAUGGUUGGAACUCAGUUAGCCCGUGUGUACAUAUCAUCUACAAGUUCGGACAAACGAUCUACAUCAAGGCAGCCUUCAAGGGCAAUCCAACUAUGUCAAGAGAAAUGGUCAAAUGCACUCCGAUUUGACCCCACGGACACCGAGGGUAAAUGCUUGCACUUUACUGCAUCAACAGCAGGAACAUUAUUUGUUAUAUUUGCAGCUCUGCCCAAGGAACCAGAGUCGCGUUAUUUGGUGGAAAUUUCUCUUGAAGGGGUGUAUAUUUAUAAGGGUACAAUUUUAAAGAAAUCAACCACGAACGCCAACGCUCGAGCACUUGGAUAUGCCUCCCUUUAUCAGUCGUACUUUGUUUGCAUCACGGAAUCAGAGGAGAGCACCCUCGUUGAAUAUGGAAAGAGUCUAGGGACAUCUGAGAGUGGGGAUAUCUAUCUGAUUUUUGUUGACAGCAGGGAUCACCUAAAUGCUCGUUUCUACGCGUUUGGCAAUGACCAGAAUCCUGCCAAGGUGAUGGAUGUUCAUAUCGGGUCUCGCCAUUUGACGAAAGCAGAAUGUAAAGGAAAAACAGUCAAAGAUUUGGAGACAAACCUUUGCGUUCAGAAGUGUCAUAAGGAUUGCGAUCCCUUGGCUGGUUGCGAGUUACCUGAUAGCGCCCAAUUUCCUAAUGGGUGUAAAGCUUGUAGAACUGCUCUGGACGUGGAGAGAAAUAAAUGCAUACCCGCAUGUCCAGACAACAAAAUGCUAACGAAAGACAAGAAAUGCGUUCCCACGUUUGACGUUAAAGGCACGCUUGUGUUUGACAACCUGCCAUUCCUACCAGAAGUUACAAUUUGCCACUGGAUGAAGCUUGACAAAAACUUUGUGAGACGACCAGGCUACUUCCAUAAAUUUCAUGGAGGGAGUCGGAGCUCAAUAUUAUCAUUUAUUCAGCCGCUUGGUGACGGAGGGAUUCUUUUCAGGAUGGAAAUCAGUCCAGAUGGAAAGAAACCAGCAGAUCGUCAACGAUUGAACUUAAGUCAGUUGGAGGACUUGCACUGGCAUCAAUUUUGUGUGACUUGGUCUGGUUUUUCAGGAGUAAUCCAAUAUUAUUUCGACGGAAAGAACAUUUUAUCAGCGAUCAACCGACAAAGAGGUGAACUCCAAGGAGGGGGAUCACUAGCGGUUGGUGACACGAGGAUGAGGAUCACAGGCUUCGAUGUGUGGGAUCGAGUUCUAACUAGACAAGAAAUCGCUCAGAAUCUAAAAAAGUGCGACGCUGGUAAAGGGAAUGUUGUGCAGUGGCAUCAAGCUUUUAAAUACUUUAGGAAAAACAAAAAAAUGUACUCCAUUCCUUCGGCUUGUGAACCCCCUAGUUCAAACUAA